AAGUAACAACAAAAAUAAGUAGGAUUUUGUGAAAGUACUAUCAGACUCCAGAACUACGUCGUUAUCUUUCUUUACUAAUUUUAUUUUUGGUGUAAUUAUCUUUAAAUAGUCCUUUUUUUGUAUACUCCAAUGGCUGAAGCUAGCUCUGUAGAAAAUUUAGCACUUAACAGGUUUUAUUGUCACAUAUGCAACAGUGAAAUCAGCCGUGCUCUCCCUGAUUUUACAUGUCCCACCUGUCACAAUGGAUUCAUCGAAAUGCUGGAACCAGCCGACGAGGAGCCUGAUGAGGAAAGUGACUCAGAGCCCGGUUUAACCGCUGCUGUAUACAUCCAGGAUGCAUUGCAAGAUUUCUUAGAAUUUCAAGAGGAACUUGCUGCACGUCGUAUGAGGCGCAUGUUCCGUCGCAAUCGAGGGAACUCUUCCUCACUUAGGUUACCUCAUUCAACUUGGAGGGACUCAAAUAUGUCUGGCUCAAACAUGGCUCCAUUGUCUCGAGGGAGAACGUCAUCCUCAACCAGUGGAGGCUCUGGUGGACUUCGUCCUAGAAGGAGUCGUAGACAAGCUUUAAAUGAACCAAGGACAGAGCCCAUCGAAGCUCUAGUGCAAGAGCUACUAUUUGAAUUUAGUGGAGGUGCUGUUGACGCACGUGGAGGCAAUGCACCUGUGUUUUUUCUGAGUAAUCCAGGCGAUUAUGCUUGGGGCCGUGAAGGACUAGAUGCAAUAGUAACAAUGCUUUUAAAUCAGAUGGAAGUCUCUGGCCCUCCUCCUCUGUCAACUGAAAAAAUUCAAGAAAUUCCGGUCGUUGUAAUAACUCAAGCCCAAGUUGAUUCCUCUCUGCAGUGUUCAGUAUGUUGGGAAGAUUUCAAAUUUGAAGAACCUGUCAGAAAAUUGGCCUGUGAUCAUGUCUACCAUGAGCCUUGCAUUAUCCCUUGGUUGGAACUUCAUGGAACCUGUCCAAUUUGCAGAAAAACAUUGAAUGAAGAUGGAACUGUCAGUGAUCCUAGCAAUUCAAACCCUGAAGUAAAUAAUUUAGAAGCUUUUUUUAGAGGACAAGGCCGUUCAACAUCUAGUGUAUCAUCUUCAACUGGAGCCUCCUCUUCUGCGAGUCAAUCGUCAGUCAUCCCAGACUCUUUUAACAUGGACCUUGAAUAUGACUAAAAUGGACGGAAUGAGAAAAUCCUACUCUUACCAACUUCAUCUCUCCGUGCAUCACUAGAAAUUAAACAGAAUGGACAACAUCCAGCGAUUCUUUUAUCCCAAAUGAACUCCUCCUAGCGAUUUAAUUAUCUCCUUUUUUCCUGUAUCCUCUUUUUUAAAUGAUGUUACUGCUGAAGUAAAUGAGUGUUUUCCUAGGCCAAUUGGACUUAUGCUACUUUCUUUGAUCUAGUUUAAGUCAGUUUUGAGAGCCCAUCCAGCAGGCUUAGUCAGAUUUUAGUUUGAAAUGAACGAAAGUGUAUUAUGAAUCUAAAGCAAUGGAUUUGAGCUUCCAUCAGUCAAGCUGACUGUGGUUGAAAGAGGCCUCAUCGCUUGUUUUUAAACGUUUUCAAAAGCAUAGAAGUAGAGCUGCUAUUUUCAAUCUAACUGAUCUUGUACUUAGCUCAAAAUUAGUCACCUAACAUAUGGAGGUCUAUUUUUGUCCAAUCAUCUUUGCUAAUUUCAGAUCUCUGCCAGAAUUCAAACUUAAGGGGCAUAUUUUGUAAAAUUCCAGGUGACAAUUUGUCACUGAAUUUCCCAAUGCCAUUUAGCUUUUUCACUACCCUUUCAUAAAGACACGAAUAUCAAAAUUGCAAACAUUCCUGUGUUCUUUCUGUAAUCAGUUGUAUCUUACAACCAGAGUUGUGGCUAUGAUCAGUUUUGCCAAGAAACUACUUUUGGAACCAUUCUUUUUUCGCCAGUAGAUUUUGAGUCAGAUUUCCGAUUUUCCUUUCAUUUCAAUCCCAUUUUCUAAAAUUCCCAGGAAAGUGGCACUCUUUGUACUGAAUAGAUUUUAAUCAACUCAAUGUAAAAUUCCUAGAAAAAGCCAUUGGAACUUUGAACCAUUUAAAAAGCUUGAAAAGGAAACUUCAAAUGUCAAACAAUUUUUCUCUUUUAAUUAAGGUUAUAAAACUCUUACUGUUAAAUUGUUAGUUGCUGAGCUUGAUUCUUUUUUUUUUUUUUUAAAUAAAGAAAAGAAACAAACGAAUAGAGCUAAAAAUGAAUAAAAGGUAGGAACACUGCCAAAGUUUGCAAAGAAAAACAAAUUUUGAGGUAACCUUGACUCUCUCUCUCACUUUGAAAUGAUUUCAUACUACCCUAAAAAACUCCAGUUUUCAGCAAAAAUGAUUCUGUAUUUUUACAUUUAUUAGAAACCUUUGGGAAUUAUUUCGAAUUAAAGGCUCAGUAAAAAAAGGAAGACUCCAUAGUAAAAUGUAUUUUGAUAAAUUAUGAUGAAAUUUUGAGAAAUCCUUAGGAAUCUCAUCAUAGAUCCAAAGCCAAAAAAAUCAUGUAGUUCAAAAGAUUGAAAGCCGAAAUAAUUUUGUGUGAAUCAUGCCUUAUUAACCAUACGUCACUUAACGGCAAGAGAAUUUGGUGCAUUUAUGCAAAAGAAGUCUAUCUACAUAGAAAAUCUAUUGGAGAUACAUCGCUCAUGUAUGAGUGCGUCCAAUUUUGAACCUUUCUUUGUAUGUACUGUCAUGCUCAAGAAGAACACUGUAUACGAACAUAUUUGCCAAAUUCCAUUUAAUGAAGUAAUAUUUUUGUAGAAAAUGUAUGUACCUUAUUCUUGAAAUGUUCAAAAAUCUUUUACAUAUUAAAUUCUGAGUCAAAUGUUCUGUAGAAUUUGAGGGAAAAAAUUAUUUAGUGUUCCAGUAAAUGUUAACUUUAUCAAAAACAAAGUACCUUUGCCCAAAAGUUCACAAGACGUUCUUUUUUAGCCAGGCAGUUCGAAUGGUAUGCUACCUCACUAGGAUCUCAAGUGAGAGUGCAAUAGUUCAUGCAUGACUGAGCCCAAGUCACAAUAGAGAUAGUGCUUUUGGCUUUUUAAUGUCUAAUGGAGAAUAAGAGGAAUAACUGAAGAGAAUUUUAUCAUUACCCAGUUCUCACUUGUUUUGGCAUUACCUUCAUUUCUGCUCUCAAGAACUUGUAAACACUUUUACAGUAACUGAAAGUUAAGAAAGCUCAGAGUAGAGGCUAAGCAUGUGUUAAAAUACUAGGAUUUCAAUCACAAGCGUUUUUCAAUUUGGGUGGUAUUAUCAAGGUUUCAAAGCUGUACAACAUUGGUUUCUUUUUACAGUGCCAAGCAUUUAAAGAUGACUUUUUUAAAAUUUACUCCGGAUUGUAUCAUCAGUAAACUGAUUCAUAAUCUCAGUUUUUAAAAAGGAAUUCGCUAAAGAUUUUUGCAAAAAUCAGAAAAACUCAUAUCAUGAUAAUUGUUCGAUUUAUCAAGCUCAGUGAGCAACAGCUUCAUUCAUUCCAUUAAAACACUGCUGAUUCUGAAGUAUCAAUUUAUCAAAACCCUCUGCCUUCAUUGCUAAUUGUGCAAAUUUUGGCCACAUGAGUAUUCAAUACUUGGCCUGAUUUGGAGAUAAUUAACAAUUACUGAAGCCUGUGUCAUUGCUUAUUAUUAAGCUUCUUUCUGCCUUGAAUCCUGUUAACAAGGUUUGAAAGUUGUGUUUUCAACGGUGAUGUUCUUUGUGGCCACCUUUGUCAGCAGUGGUGGAUUCAAAGGAGGAGGGGUCACAUAAACUCCCUUUCCCAUCAGAUAAAUGAAAAAGAGAAAGAAAGGGAGAAAAAGAGAAAAAAAAUAAAAAAGUUACUUUGAGCUUCACUAAAAUUCUUUCAAAAUCCAACCCUGAUUUUUACUUUAUUGGAGGGGAAAUGCCCUCGUAUUUUUUUUUAUUUUUUCCUAUGAUUUUCAUCUCAGGAACACGAUGUGUGAACCCUGCGGAAAAAUUUCAGUAAAAUUAGCCAAGUUUUUCAAUUUUUUUGCACCCAAAUAUUUUAGAAAUCUUAAGCGAAAAUUGGUUAAAAUUUUAUCUGCGAUGUGCUCUUAUCACCAGUUUUUUCAGAGGAGCCCCCUCCCUGCAGACCCUCUUCUACUCUGGGGCGUUCCCUCCAGACCCCCCUCUCAGAAUCACCAAAUAGCCUCCUCUCAAGCUGUCAGUGGAUCCACCACUGUUCGUAGUUAUGUCCUUAAGUAAGCAUCUAAACAGAGCCUUUCAAGCAUUUUAGAUGUCACAAAAGAGGUAGCCCUCAUUUAUGUUAUUUUGUUUUUCUUUUAUGUAUUUUUAACCAAAUGAAUUAAGUUCUACCCUCGAUGCACCAAAUAUUUUAAUGUGGAGAUUCCAGAACAAUAAUAUUGGUGCUUUCUCUCUGUAAAAAUUUGGAGUUCUAUUGAAAAAACAAGGAGCUGGGAGGGAAAUGGACUACUCAUACAUACCUAAUUAUAUUGCUGUGUGUCGUCAGUUUUUUUCCUCUUUUAGAUGAGAUACUUCUUUGAUCCGAACGAUUUUAUAACUUUAACCUAUUUUAAGAACACAGGAUUAUACUACCUCUUUUUCUUUUUUAAUACAAAUUCUCAAAAUAGAGAAAAUUCAAAGUAGAAACCUAUUAAGAGCUAAAACUGAACUGUAACUAAAACUAAAGAUAAUAGAAACAAAGAAAAAAAUCCAGUUAAUUGAACUGGAUGCCUAUUAAGUGACUAGUCCUUGUCAAUAUGCAUCUGCCCAUUUCUUUAAUAUUCAAAUGGCCCUUUCACAUUGGCUAUUACUAUGACUAUCAACGUGCAAACCAAUCUGUUACAUUGCUAUCAAGCAUUGAAGUAUGUGUUGCCUAGUAAUACCCAAUGGAACUCCUCUGAAAAAAUCUCCGGCAGAAAAUGCUAAGUAGAAAUUUUAAACAAUGGAAUGGGGGAAAAAACUGGCAAUGCAGUCAAACUUAGUUCAUAAUUGUCUCUUCAUAUGUUCAACGAGUUUGAUAGUACUUUCCAUCGGGAUAUUAUAUUAGUGUAUUUUUUUCUUUAUGAAACUCUUUUUCUCCGCUUAUCUUAACAUUUUCUACCAGAGAGUGUUUGCUAGCAUUCUAGGUGAUCCCUCAAGGAUCACUAACUUUAAAAAUUCGAAGGUCUUAUUCACCGUGCAUUUACUCACAGCAAAGAAAGAGAUGUUUUAUAAACUACAUUGUGGACAAAUGGGUCUGUCAUGAACUUAUGCCGUGAAGAAAAGAAGAGUUGUACCGUUUGAAAAAUGUCUUAAAAACAACAAAAGAAUGGAGCUCUUGAAUGUGUGAGGGAUUUUCGAUUUAAGCACUAUUUCCUACGUAAAACUUUGCCAGAAAUAUGGUAGUGCAAAUGGUUUUCUCUGAAACGAACUUCAAAGCUUAAGUAAGGUCUCAAAGUUAAGGCUGUAAUGGAGGGGAUAUCUCACGCUACCCUGAGAGUCCAUCUCUAUAUCAAGACAAUCUCUCCAUACAAAGAUAGGAAGCAAAUACACUAGCAGGGUUGCCAUGUUUUCAGUCUUGGAGUCCCCUAACAAAGUUAAAACCCUGUUAAUGUAUUUGCUCCCUAUCUUUGCGUGGAGGGUUUGAAUUGAUUUAGAGGUGGAUUUUCAGGGUAACGUGAGAUAUCCCCUCCAUUCCAACCUCAACUUUAAGAGCUUUUUUUGAGUUUUAGGGUCAAUAUCAAAGAAAACCAGUGGCACCAUCGUAUUUCUCAUGAAAUGUUACAUAGGAAAUGGUAAUUAAAUUGCAAAUUUCUGACACAUGCAAGAACCCCAUCGGGGAGGUAUAAAAUUCAUUCCUAACCCCAUAAUUUGCGUCAGAAUUCUGUACAUUUUGAGCUUCCCAAUUCGAAGCAGAUACCGCAGCAACAACAUAAGUCAUCAAAAUGUUAACUUAAGAUGGCUGUUAUCAUGGGACACAGUUCCUCAAAUUAAAAAUAAACCACAAACUUCUACUUAAUAAACCUUAACUUGGGAAGCAGGAAAGUAAAAAUAAUGGGUAUGUGACAAGUUUUGUGCUGCCUGUUUUUGAAUGAGUCUUGGACACGUCACAGCUGUUACCUCCAGUUAAGUGCGAAGUAACGAAGCUGGGGCGAGGGGUGACUCAACUGUUUCAAAUCUUGUAUUUGCUGUAUUAUCCUUUAUGAAACGGAAAUCUCAAAAAUGUGCACAUUUCUUGCGCUGAUUGUAAGGCUAGGAGUGAAUUUCAUGCUUGCUCAAUGAGGCCAUUAAUAUUUUUUAGCCAUUUUCCAUUGAAAUCAGCUCCGCCUAUAGCUGUAGCAAAAGUUUGUAACAGUCCUUUUCUUUCAACUUGCUUUUUUUCCUCUUGGAAGAAAAUGUAGUUGCUCUCCAUUCAUAGUUAGUAAUCAAUAUAUGAAAUGUAAAAAAGUUUGAUACAUGUAAGUACAUUCAUACAAUGUAGAAAUUCUGAAUUUGGCAACUGAAUGUUUCAUGUUAAUAGGGGUUUUUCCUCCUCUAGAAUAACUCGACCAAGAAGAGGAUCUAGUUAUGCGGCUAAUCACUGAUGUCACUUACUUUCGAUGUACUCAAAUCUAAUUUUCUCAUCAAUGAAAAAAAAUAGACGAUCAGUUCACUGGAAUAAGGUGGAGGAAAGAGGGCGAGCUAUAGACGCACUGAAUAGUGGACUAUCAGUGAAGUAUUCAAGGAGACUGCCUCUCAUGCUUUGUAAUAUAAUCCUCAUUCAAAAACUUAGAAACGAUAGGACACUCUGUCAGUCCAUCAGCAACAACUCACUUAAAUUUCUGUUUUCAGAAAUCAUAAUUUUGGUUUUGGUGAUGUGGAUAGGACAUUUAUUGCUGUGAAAGCAAGUUGUGCUUUGUGAUUCUUCAUGUGAUUUCAAAGCUGUAUGAAAUUUUGUAGAUAUGUACAUAAUAGAACCUCUUUAACUAUUGUAAUUUACAAUCGUUUACAGCUUCCCCCGAACUACAGUAAUUGAUUGAGUAGUCUGUACAAUAAGGUCUAGUUUCUUAGUUAAAGAUAUUACUUAGACAUCAAUUUAUUUAUUUUUACAAUCUGUAAUAUGUGGUUAAGUUUCUUUUUUUGUUAAACAUCAUUUUAAGUUUGACCAUAGAAAAGAUUCCGCUCGAAGGGAGCAAGAUGAAUGCAAGGAGAACUGAACACAUCUUGUACUUUAUUAUUUUUAAAGUCUAAUAAAUAUGUGUGUGUAAAUCAAA